CCGCCAGCAGCCAGCCAUCUAUGGCCGCGGCGGCGACCACCUGCUGCAGGAGGUCUGCACCGGCGGCACUGCUAGCAGUAGCAGCCCUGCUGUGUACUACUACUACCGGAGGAUCUGCUGCAGGAGCAGGGCAGCCGCUCGAUGUGGGCUACUACAACAAGACGUGCCCGGCCGCCGAGGAGAUUGUGCGCAACGAGACGGCGGCGGCAGUCAGGGAGUCGCCGGACCUCGCCGCAGCGCUCCUCAGGCUGCACUACCACGACUGCUUCGUACAGGGCUGCGACGCGUCGGUGCUGCUGGACUCUACCCCCACCAACACCGCGGAGAAGGACGCCAUGCCCAACGGCAGCCUCCGUGGCUUCGACCUCGUCGCCCGCGUCAAGGACCGGCUCGAGAGGGCGUGCCCGGCCACCGUCUCCUGCGCCGACAUCCUCGCGCUCAUGGCCCGCGACGCCGUCGCCCUGUCCAAGGGCCCCUCCUGGCCCGUCGCGCUCGGCCGCCGCGACGGACGCACCUCCAGCGCCGGCAGCUGCGGCGAGCUGCCCCCGCUGCACGGCGACGUCAACCUCCUCGUCCAGGCCUUCGCCGCCAAGGGCCUCGACGUCAAGGACCUCGUCGUGCUCUCCGGCGCCCACACGCUCGGCAAGGCGCACUGCCCCUCCUACGCCGACCGCCUCUACCCCUCCGCCGGAUGCAGCACCGCCGACCCCGCGCUCGACGCCCGCUACGCCGACAGGCUGCGCUUGCGCUGCGCCAGCGCCAAUAACGCCGACGACGACAGCAGCAGUAACAGCACGUCGGAGCUCGACCCCGGGAGCUGCGUCACCUUCGACACCAGCUACUACCGCCACGUCGCCCGCCGCCGCGGCCUGCUCCGCUCCGACGCCUACCUCCUGGACCACCGCUUCACCAGGGCCUACGUGCUGCAGGCCGCCUCAGGCAGGUACGACGGCCACUUCUUCCACGACUUCGCCGUCUCCAUGGCCAAGAUGGCCUCCAUCGGCGUGCUCACCGGAGACCAGGGAGAGAUCAGGACAAAAUGCAACGUCGUCAACUGAUUGAUUGAUCAUUACCAUCAUGUACUGCGUGCUUCAUCAGUCUGGUUUUACAUACAUAGUUGUGCUGUGUUCAUUAUUCCUAGUAGUAAGUACCAGUAGUAGCUAGUAGCUGGCUACCAUCUCGAAUUAUAUUGUCGAUCCGCAUGCAUUGCAUGCUGUGUGAUGGACUACUACUUCUUGUACUAAAAAAAAAUAGGUAGCUAGGACAGAUACAUUUUAUUUAAUUUUUAAUUCUUCCCUGCUUGCA